AUCCAGCACCACGAUCCUGACAACAAUGGCACAAGAACAAGCCCCGAUAGCCUCCGAGGCUACAGCUGGCUCUCUGGCAUCCGGUACAUACCGUUCUCUGCUGCCAAUCGUGGACGAGAUUCUCGCUAUACUUCACGCCCAGACUGUCUCUCCCGAGCGGAUAUCCCCAGCUCAAUCUUCCGACCAGGUAGCACCAAAGGCCAAAGAGCUCUCGCAAGCACUGGAAGGAAUGAAGAUGUCGGCUCUCUCGCUUCCGGGAGGCAAUUUGUCAACGGAAGAUAUAGGCAAGCUGUUGGAUGUUCUAGAAAGCGAGGGUGACAAGCGAAGACGGAUCCUGUCAAGUUUUGAGACGCUCAGCCUACCGACGGUGGAUGAGUUGGCUAGUGCUGGGCCGGAAACCAAAACUGAAGGGGAAAGGCUCUGAUGAGAGUAAGCAGGCUGAGAGGAUGAGCUGUGAUGGGCCGCUGAUGGCUGGCUUCUCGUAGUCGCCCAGCUUUCGCCGUUCCUUCUAUAAUAAUAGCCUUGUCGCGUCCCUUCACAUAUGACCGCAAGUGUAUGUUGUACAGAUAUUCAAGCUUUCUCUUUCUUGACCAUUAAUGCAUGCACCUCGACAUGUAUCAUAUCUAACCUUCAAAA